CGCGAACUUGUUUUGUUGGAAGAUGUUCGGGAACGAUGUGACCGUGAUAAUUUGAAAGUCUUCGACCGAUAAACAACUGUGAUGGCUCAACGAGGAAUAACGUAAGUCAAAAUGUUCAUUUUUUUGUUCCACAGAUCAUCAGACAGUUCUUUAAGAGUUUCAAAGUUACUUACGUUGCGAUCACGAAAAUAAUUGUCGAUUCAUGGAUGGUCAUUCGAUGCGCUCGGGUUGAUGGAUUUUUCUACUGUUUUUUUUUGUUCUGCAGCGCCUUUUUUUCUCCAAGUACCAAACCAAAAAGCAAGUGCAAAUCGAAAAGUGAUGAAGAAGAUAAAGAGGAGUUUCCGAGGUAGGAUCAGUCAUAUGGGAAUAAAGUAGAACCCCGGUAACUCGAUCGAACUGUGAAAGGAAACGAAAACCAGUUCGAGUUAGCGGGGAAUUCGAGUUAUCGGGGUAAAUUUCAGUGAAAUUUUGAUCAAGGGAAAGGAAAUUUAGUUCGAAUUAGAGGGGAAUUCAAGUAAUCCGAGUUCGAGUUAUCGAGAUUCUACUGUAGAUCUGCGCAUACACGUACAUAUGCACUUUUCAAUAUGGCGGUAGAUAUACAGUACAGUAGCAGGGGCGGAUCCUGGAUUUUUUUUUAGGAGGGGCUGCACUUGUCUCUUACUCUACUUCAACACCAAUAAACCACAUAGUUUUUUUUUUUGCAGAAUACCAGUUGUAUUAGAAAACCCGCAGGUCAUCUCAGCGGGGGGCGGGGGGAGGGUGCACACCCCCUGCACCCUCCCCCUAGAUCAUCCGCCCCUGAGUAGUAUGCUAAGCUAAGGGAUUGUGACCUUAAGGUUGAGAAUGCGAAUUUCAGAUUUCGAGGCAUUUAUGUCCACAGAUCUCUCUUUUCUCUUUGUUGAUCAAUUUAAUUGGUUGAGUAUGUGGUGCCACGAUUGAUUGUCUACCAGUAAGUCAGGACCUCUCAGCCGGGGGAGGGAGGGGGGAGGAGGGUAACUAUGUCCAUAGUGUGAAUUUCAAAACCCAUUGUUUCACGUUUUAUUGUAGUAUUUGUGCUUGUGUUCAUGGUUUUUUCAUUUCCGACUCAACUUUGUAUUGUUUAUCAUCAUUUCAUCUGUCUUAAAACUUAUGUCGCUGUUUCGGGUCAUUGUUGAUCUUCAGUAUUACAAUAAUUUGAACCUCUCCACAACGGCCACCUUGGGGACAAAAGUAAGUAGCUGUUGUAGAGAGGUUUAAACAAGUGUCAAUGUAUGGACUGUCUCCCCCAAAAAAGUUGCUGUUGUAGAGAGGUUGCUGUUGUUUAUACCCUGAAAGUACUUCCUAAGUUCCUCAUCAUACUUAGUCUAAUCGCAGUGCAAUCUGAAGGCCCCGAAAAGUACUGUUUUUUGUUUUUGUAUUUAAUAAGUGCCAUAGGCCAUUUUAGUUAUGGAUAAUAAGAUGACCUUGUUUUGGUACAAACCUUCCCUUUAUUCUGUAAAAAUAUUUUAACCUCCAUUUUUCAGGGUAAACAAAGCAAAGGAGGUUUGUAUCAAAACAACAAAAUUAUUUGAGACUAACAACUGUAAAAUGGUCUAUUGGUAAACUACAAUUGGCAACAAAACUAUUUGAGACACUUCACCUUAAAGGGCCUCUCAAACAUUUUGCUAAUGUGAAAAAGGGAAAAUAAAGCUUUCCCUCUCCCAUAGCCUCCACGCAAUGUUGUGCAGCUGGUCAAGCUACCUGUAGGAAACAACAAACACCGCGACUUUGAAUGGAGGGGAAGGGGGAGGGGUGUUGAUUGUUUUGUUCUCUGAAGUUACUCCAUUUGAGGACAAUGUCUCAACAAUUAUUGUUUCACUGACUAUAUCCUCUGCACAAACUUUCUACCAUUUUCAACCUGAUAAAUCACUUUUAACUUCAGUCUCUGAAAGAUUUUCCCCACUUGGAGUGAUGUCUCAAAAGUUGGUUCUUGGUUGUUUUGAUCGUUGUAGAUAAAUGUUUCAUUGGCUUGAAAAUCUCAGUUCGGUUUAAGUUAUUUUUUAUCUCAUAUUGGUUACCAAAAUCACAAUCAAGAAAAUUAAUAUUAAACAACAACAAAAUGAAACCAUGGUAUUUUGUUUUGCCCCUUUAGAAGCAAAGAUGUUGAGAUUAAGGACAGAACUCCUCUGAAGUUCAAACCACCUUCUUCUGAAUUGGAUUCACCACCUGUAAAGAAAUCUAGACAACAAAAAACUAGACGAAUACUUGAUGACAGUAGCGAUGAAGAAAAUAAUGAAACGAUUGAAGAAAAAACAUCACUAAAACAAAGUGGACAUGUGGAAGAAGUGAAACCACAUGUUGAAGGGCAAAGAGACGCCAGUUUAGGAAAGAAUGAUGAUGUGGAGAAAGAUAAGGACAAAAGGCAAUUUUUAGAGGUUAAAUCGCCUCAAAAUGAGCUAACCCUUGUACCAAAAAGAAAGACAGGUUUGUAUACAUCUAUAUAUAGGACCAUGGAGACUUGAAAUUAGUGGCCUUCAUUACUUUUGGAAAACUGAAAUAUGUGAGUAAAUGAGGCUGAGACAACUGCUUAUUUUAGUGUUCACAAAAGCUACAUUCUAAGCAACUGAUGUUGUGCUCUCCUAAAGUUUGUCAAGAAGUUUUCAACCUUGACCGAAGUGUUCUCAUGAAAAAUGCAUUUGUGAAUUUCCCUUUGAGUUGAUGAAGAUCCAUGAAAAGUCCUCAAAUCCCCUGAAAACAAGUGCAAUUCUCACUGUCAAGUCUUGAUCCUGAACAUACCCCCACAACUGAAAUAAUCAUUCUUUAAGUAAGGACACUCUUGAGACACUGAUUGUGUUGUUCCACAGGAGUCAUAUUGCCUUUCUUAUGUCUAUAAUGCAAUGAUUAUGGGUAUUAAGUAAAAUGCUUACAUACAUUCAUUUAUAUUUGUUUUCAAGUUUGAGAUAUGAUUUUAACAUGCCCGCAGGUAGCUAUGGUAAUCUAGUUGGCUCAUGUUUUCAGGAAAAAAAAAUACAACAGCAUACCAAAAAAAAGGUAAAGCAAUGGCAAGGAUCUUUUUUAACAUACACGUUCUUGCCUAGCUGACGACUUUGGAUCCCUGGUGUUAACUUAUUUGUUUUAACCUGUAACUUAAAAUGUCAGUGUCUUUAGCGUGAGGUAUUUAGUUACAAGGAACUUGGUUUAUUAUUUACCCCGUUGACGGGGUUGCCGUUUCUACAUGGCCCUCGUAACUGCUGUAAAAUGCACAUAUAUAUAUAUAUAUAUAUAUAUAUGCAAGAGUCACUGAAAUCAGGUGGAAUUAACACAGUUCUCCCACAAGCCUGUGAUUACCCACCUUGUUUACCUUAAAUUACCAGUUUUAUUAAUAAACUGAUAACUUACUGGCAAUAUAACAAUUAAAUGAAGUCUAUGCUUAUUUUGUCAGCAGCAAGAAAACCCACGAAGAGGAAGGCUAAUAAUGAACAGGAACCAGCAGAUGAAGUUAAGGUACUUGUGCUGUUUUCCUUAUCCUUUACCAAGGGCUUGAAAGAAGUCCUGUCUUGUCGUCCAAGACGAGAAGAUUUUCUUGCUGGGCAACUGCUUUUUUGUUUAAGUACAAGGUUCACACACACCUUGAAAGUCCUUCAAUUUUAAAAUAUAAAUUCAAGGCCUUGAAAGUCCUUGAAAAUUGCAGUCAGUGCUGGAAAGUCCUUGCUAACUUCAUAGUUUAAGUAAAAUUCCAAAGGAAAGGAGCAAACACAGAAAGACUCUCGGGAUAAAAUAAUUACUCAUGUUGUGGAAGAACUAAAAAAAGAGAUAGAGUCAAGGCUCUUUUUUGCAUUGAAUGGAGUCCUUGGAAAAUGGGAAUUGUGUCCUUGAGAGUCCUUGAAAAGACCUUGAAUUUUUUGUUCAAAACAUGGUACAAACCCUGAGAGUAUCCUUUUAAAAAAUAAUAAAACAUUACUUUUGCCAGAAGGUAGCUAUCUAUUAGACUUGUUCUUCUUAAAUUUAACUGCUGAACCCUCUUUUAUACAACUAUCAUAUAACUACACUCCAAAUUUUGUCAUCAAGUUUGAUAGAAUUCACUUUCAAAGUCAAAUUUCCUUUCCAUUGUUUAGUCUGCAUAUUAUUAGUUCUGUGCCAUAGCUAGGCAGUGACAUGUUUCUGUCUGGCCCUGAUGAAUACAUUUUUCAGUUCUAAUACAUGUUGUUCCCAAGGUUCAGUUGUUUAUUUUCCACCAAAGUGAUGGACUCUUUCUGGCUUUUGCAGGGUGUUAAAAGAGUAAAGUCAGAACAUACAGCCAAAAUAGUUGAAAGUUGCAAUUCUACUGUGAUUGAAAACUCAAAAGGCAAAGAGAAAAAGGAACGAAAGAAGGCAGUGUUAAACUUUCCUGACAAAAAGGAAAGUGAAAGCAGUGAUGGGGAUAAUAUAGAGAAAAUUUCGGAUUCUGAACAUAAAAGUGCAAAGGAAAGUGAGAGAGUGAAGAAGAGCAAAAAUAACAUUGGCCAGGAACAAGGAAAGUCCAAGGAAAACAAUAAGGAUUAUAAGGGUGAUGGAGAUGAAGAUAAACCAGUUAGCAGUAAUGAAACUGAGUUAGAUCAGGAUCAGGAAAAGAAGAAAAAUGUGAAAAGGAAAGGGAAUAAAACUCAGGAAGAUUAUGGCAAGAAAACAAAAGUUGAUGAAAAGAAACUUGAAAAGGAUAUCGAAGAAAAACAAAGUUGUUCAAGUGGGAAUAAAGAGGAAGAACCAGCUUUUGAGAAAGAUAAAAGUGUGGAACAAGAUACUGCGUGUAAGAGCAAAAAGAAGACGUCUGGAGGAUUCAGUGAUUUUUUUUGUAAGUAUGGUUUUGAGGAAAAUUUGUUGGCACCCUAAUGGAGAAUACAUUAUACUAGGUCAAGCAGUAUUUCUUAAGCUUGCAAAAAUCUUAUUAAAAAUUCUGUUAUUGUUUUUGUUUUGUUUGGUGGGGAGGAACAAAUUUAUAAACAUAUAGAGCAAAACAUCUGUUAUUAUUUUAUUCUGAAACUCAACGAGUUAAUCCUAACUGUCAGUUGUUCAACAUAUUAUUCUGUUCUUCUAGCUCCUAAGAGGUCCAAAAAAUCAGAUGUGACAGGAGGAAAAACUGAGGAAAAGACUAAAAGUGACCAACAGAGUCAACUGACAAAGAAAUUAAGGUAAGAAGAGUCAUCUGCAUUGUUAUGCAAUGUUUUGUCUUAAUUCAAAUUCAUAGGCAGGGCUUUCUCUAAGAUUGCUUGUUGCCGGGUAUAUGCAAUAAAUAUAUUUAUUCAAUAAAAUUUUUAGUUGAUAGAGAAUUGAGCAGUUAGGAACUUUUACUCUUGUUUCCUAUAAAAGUAUCUGGCGGUUGUGCUCAUAGUGGCUGGGGGUAAUCUGAAGGUUUGAGGGCAUAAUCUACAAGUUGUGUUGUGGAAAUUUUGUCAUGAAGUAUGUAAAAGUUUAUUGAAUUGAUGUUGUGCUCUUUCAUUCUUUGACUGAAAGCUCUACAGAUCAAGCAUCUGAUGAGGAGAGUGCUGGCCCAGUUAAAGCCACUGAAUAUGCCCCAGAGAAGAACUACUAUCACCCCAUCAAGAAUGCUUGCUGGAAAUUUGGAGAGAAGUAAGUUAAUUUUUUCUUGUUGAAUUAACAACUUUGCAUCAAGAGUGUACAUAAGACAUUCACAGAAAGUGUGGUUGUAAUUGGUAUGGUUUGGGAUGUUCACAUCAUAUACAUUUGUAAACAUUGUAAAAUACACUCCGCCUAUGAUGUGACUUCGGGUCUCAAAUCAUUUGCUACCAUUCAAUUUAUCAUUUAUUAUUGGAAUUUUAUUUACUCGGGGAAGUGUAUCAUGGAAAUUUUUGUCACAACCAAAAUUUCUUGAUUGCACGGAUAACCAAAUUUUCUUACCCUCCGCUGUGUGCAUUUCAUGUGCAGAAGAGCUCCACUAAAAACAUCCCCAUUGUGAUUAACUUUCAGGGUACCCUACCUAGCAGUGGCCAAAACAUUCCAGGCAAUAGAAGACACAUCUGCAAGGUAAGCUGGCUCCUACCAUGGAAGUUGUCACUUCAUGUUUUCAAUGAAAGCACCUUUCCUAAUUUACAUGUAGGACCGUAGACGACAAGUUAUUUACUUUAUUCUUUUACUAGAAAAUGAACAAAAUAGUCGAGCACUGGUAGUUAGGUGGGAUAGGGAGCAAACUGGAGACUAUGGCUUUGCUGUUAUGGGUGGCAGGUACAAAACACGGGUCACAGGUCACAAUUGCAGGUCACUGCUCUACUGAUAAAUAACAAAGAUAGGCAGUUUCCUCUAAAGCUAAAAUUUCUUUUUCGGAUUGUGAUUAGGGCUAGGAGGCACUUCUAGUGUUGUUUAUUCACAGUAGCAUACAGUGACCUGUACUCCAACCUGCCCCUCUGACCUGUGACCUGCAUAAUUUUUUUACCUGCCAUGUCAAACAAGGUUGGUUGGUUGGAGCUUGAGAGUCUUUGGAGCCUAGCCAUCAAGAUAUCUAUUCUUGAAGUCUGAUACUCUAAAGAGCUUGAAAUGAUGGUACAAUAUAAGAAAUCUGAUAAAAUCACCCUGAACUUAAAAGAAUUGGGCAAAAAAAUACUCUGUUAGAAUGUGCAUGUUUAUGUAGAUCAUUUAUAUUGUAGUUUGCAAUCACAUUGGAAUUCUUAUGAAUCAAUCAGCAUCUUAGGCUUUACAAAACAGGUGUCUGGAAAAUCUGCAUUUAAAAAAAGAUGAUGUUCUAUUACUUGCAGGUUGAAGAUUACCUCUAUCCUUAGCAACUUUUUCCGUUCGGUCAUUGUUUUGACACCAAAUGAUUUGCUACCAUGUGUUUAUCUCUGUCUCAACAAGGUCAGUUGUUAACCCUUUUAUGUGUAUUUCUUUGUUUUUGUGUAUUGUUUUGAGCAGAUCUCUUAUUUGUUUCAUGUUAAUUAAGUGCUUGUUAUUCUCUUCAUUUUAGCUGGCUCCUGCUUACGAAGGAAUUGAACUUGGUAUCGGAGACAAUGUGCUAAUGAAAGCAGUUUCAGAGUCAACAGGUGACUGUUACUGUUGAUUGUGUAUUGUGUAGUACAGUGACGACUUAUGAUAGGGUGGCUGCUUAAUAGAGAGGAGAAGUGUGAUGUCACGUUACCAUGGUAGCACUAUUUCUGGAUGACAACAAAACCAACCACGACAGUGAUGGCAAGGAGAAUGGCAAAAAAUAAUAUGUUUAUAUUAACAAACUACAACUAUGCACUUGCAUUAUGCUAUUUUGUACAUUUCUUUGCUGUUGUUGCACCACUACGACAUGAAACUUCCUAGUUUCACGAGCCCGCCUUAUGGAGUAGGUGAACACAACACAAAAAUUGUCACUUUCUUUUUCUAAACUUAGAUAACAAUAGAUGCGGUCCCAAAGAAAAUUUCGCCAAGACUUCCUAGAGUAAAUGAAAUUGAAUAAGAUCAGUAAAAUUUGAAAUAGUGCGAAUUCACUUUAUAAGUGACUUUAUCGGUUUGUUGUCAUCCAAAAAUUUUGCUACCAUGGCAACGUGACAUAACGACUUCUCCUCUCUGUAGUUGUAGUUAUUAGGUUAUGACAUGUAUGAUGCACCCUCAUCAUACUUUACAUCCCCUCUCAUCCUGUAUGAUAUUCCUUUGCCAUAAUUUUUGAUCUUGAUUCACCCAUCCACAAUUCUCCUCUUGCACAACAAAUAAUAUCUUAUUUCUUUCAUUUAUUUCCAUGCCAUCUACAUUGCUGAAAUCUCCCUGAGAUGGGUACAUGGUGGAUGAUUCUACAAUAUUCUAUAUCCAUUUCAGGGGGAGGGUCUGCUGAAACCCCUUUAAAAAUUGAGUUCAGGGUUGUCAUUGAGAGCCGGGGGCCGGGGUUUUUCCCCGGCUACUAAGAGGGUGGCCCCCGGCUACUUUUAUUGGAAAAUAGAAGAAAAAUAGAACCAAAAGAAAUCCCCAACCGUUUAAAAAUUGAGUUCAGGGUUGUCAUUAAGAGCCGGGGGCCGGGGUUUUUCCCCGGCUACUAAUAGGGUGGCCCCCGGCUACUUUUAUUGGAAAAUAGAAGAAAAAUAGAACCAAAAGAAAUCCCCAACCGUUUGAUUCCCCGCCUACUUGUUGUAUUUACCCGUCAACUUGAAAUCUUAGUGACAACCCUGUGAGUUACUUCCAGAUUUGGCCCAAACCUAAGAAAGAAAAAUUAUUAAAUUAUUUAAAAACAAAUAACACCAUUAUGCACAAUAAGCGGUUGAUAUAUUUUUCACUGCAAUUGAUUUGCCUGCCUGCAUGCUCUUGGUUGGAUGGGAAGUGGGGGAGGGUGAGAAUUCUCCUUUCCUACCUCUUCACCCGAGUUCCUGAGCGAUUACUAGCAGGUUAUAGUUUGAUAAUUUUAUUUCCUUGUCUCAGUGCAAUUACCAUAAUCUGAAACAAAUGAAAGACAAAUUUGAGCCACAACAGUCACACCAUAGAAUUUGGUCUGUCCACUGCUGGAGGGAGAGGGUCUCAUGAGUCGACUGUUGUCAUGCUCAUCAAAUUUUUUGUCAUCACAUCCUAGGGAGGAGUCUACAGCAAAUUAAGUCUGAUGUUGGUGAGAAGGGAGAUUUAGGGAUAGUGGCUGAGGUACAGUAUAAUAAAUAAUUAUUAUUUUCAUUCAUCACAGUGGGUAGCACUCAUCCCCAAGGGUGUGGCUUGGGUUUGAAUCUUGGUGGUGAUGCUAUUAAGUGGGUUGAGGUUGUAGUUGCUUCUCAACCCUCCCUCUGUUGAGAAGGUUUUUGUCCUGGUACUCCGGUUCCCCUCUCAUUAAAAAACCCACAUUUUAAAAUUAGAUCUGAUCUUAGAUCUGGCAUGCAGAAACGCUUUAGCCUGGUUACAUGCCACCAUCAAAGUCAUUUAUGUAUUUGUUAUUUUGUAGAGGAUAUAACAUGACUGCGCAUAUAAUAUUUUUCAACACCUGAAAAGAAAUUUCUUGUCUCUAAGGGGCCACGUAAUGUUUUAUUAUUUUAUUAUAUUAUAUUAUAAACACCAAUGAAAUACCAAACCAAUUUACUUAAAUACUUUUUUGCUGCAAAAGGUGCCAUUUAUUUUUUAAGCCAUAGCAACUGUGAUAUUUUCAGGUGUGAAGAUAAAUGUUAUUUUCUUGUGUAAACAUUUCAUGUUUUUGCGUGAAAGCACACAAUCCCCUGAUAUUUCAUUGUUAUUUUAUAAUACAUUAGUUCACUUCACUUUUCAUUUACUUAUGCUUAUUGUGACAAUUACUGUUAAAACUUAUUUCAUGUUAGUCAUGCCGUGGAAAGCAGCGAACCAUGUUUGCCCCACCCAAGCUCACUGCUGAAGGUGUAUUUACAAAACUAAAGGACAUAGCAAUGAUGACUGGACAUAGUGUAAGUACAGCAUGUACUCUAUAGAUUUAUAAAAACACACAUGAAGUUUUGUUUGUGGCAAAUAGCAGCACACCAUGACAUACCAGAUAAAAGGAACAACUUUAAUAACAAAUCCUUAAUAAUAAAGGGGUUCUGAAACUUAGACUCACAAGUGCUGUAGAAUGUUACAGUCUCAUAUAGAACUUAGAUUUCCAGCAAAUGGAAAGGAUUAAUUCCAAGAAAAGCCAUAGCAAAACAGAUAAAGAAAAACUUGACAUUUUAAUAGGGUGGCCUCAUGCAUGUCGAUUUUAAGGCCACCUUAUGCGCAUGCUCUAAAUCACAGGGAAACCAGCUGGGGACCCCAAGAGGAGGAGUAACAAGUUUGUUUGUAGGGACUGCAUUUCAAGUGAAUUUAAUGACAGCAGAUUUUUGAUGUUUGAAACUGCUUUUUGUAACACUGUGGCUUCAAUAGCUUAUCUUGAAAGGUGAAAAAAAUCAAAGUAGAUUAACAUUUAGCUGGGUCUCAGGAUCCUCUUCAAUUUUAUCCUGAUCGUCUUUUUUCUUCUUAUUCGUUUUUUUACAGUCAAUGACAAGAAAGACAGAAAAGAUAAAAGGAAUGUUUGUGGCUUGUCGUGAUGCAGAGGCCAGAUAUUUGAUCAGGUAAAAACUUUAACUACAUUGCUUUGCAAGAUAUUUUUGAGGAGAUAGAGAUCUGUGUUAUAAGCCAUAGAAGAUCAUCUGAAUAUUAUUAUAUUUUGACAAUACUUAGAGAUGUACUGUGUAUUGAAAAUGCUGCUGAAGUUGUCCAUUGUGACUUGAUUCCACUUGUAAUCAUGUCUGCCAGCUCAAAAGGUUAGUUAUGCAUACACGGUCAUGAUGAGUUGGCAGACAUGAUUUUUGAAAAAGUCGGUAAUUGAUUACUUCUAAGACAUGUACAAUAGUGGCAGCAGCCGCUUUUGAGGACUUAACUGAGUUGUUUUCAAUUAACUAAUUAACGUUAACUCAUUUAAAAAAACUGCGAGUGCGGCCAGGUUUUCUACAGUCUUAACUGAGUUUUAACCGGGUUAUGCAAAUCAAGCAAGAACAAUAGAUUAUUUUUCUUAACCAGGUUGGGGUUUUAAAUGGCCUCGUGAGGUAGUUUAAUGCAGGUUAACCUUAUCAAUCAGUCGAUCAUCUCGCCUUUGUUUUAGAAUGGUCCAAAUUUUGGCUUUACCAUGCACGCAAGCACAACAGUUUCGUAAUUACUUCUUUUGCUCCAAGUUCAACUUUUCUUUCUUCACACAUUUGAGUUAAGACUUUUAAGAAGUCGACCUCUUUUUAUCUGUAAUGUAGGGUCAAUUUUUUUCUGUCACUCUUAGGCGAGUGACUUUGAAUGACUUUGUGAAAGUCUAAAUUGAGUCCGGCUGCUGAUAAAAAUUAACCUGGUUAAACUCUUUUAACCAGGUUAUGUUCUGAAGAAUUUUUUACCAGGUUUUUCAAAAACUAACCUCGUUAACUUGCCAAGUGCAGCCGCAGCCAAUGUACAUGAGAAAAUUUCUUGAAUUUGAUUGGCUGACAGCUAUGCAGUUUUUAGUAAACACAGUACAAAAACAUGAAAAUAUAUGAUAUAUUCCAAAUUGAAAUCAAAAGUGUAUGAUUACCCGUACUACUUUUCUUUGAACUUGGUUAUUAGGGAGUGUAAAACAGAAAAAUCUGACCACUGUCAUACCUAUGCUCUUCUGCCCACUGGAAAUUAUUAUGCCCUUAGCAAAUUCUUUUUUUCAAUUUGAAGAUCUCUUGGUGGCAAGUUGCGGAUUGGUCUUGCUGAACAGUCAGUUCUCACAGCAUUGGGCCAUGCCGUCUUACUCACUCCACCAAGCAAAGGUAACAACGACCUAUUAAUUAAUGAGAUUUUCUUUAGUUCCCAUCAUGAACGUUGUGAUCAUGAUUAACCUCGUGAUCAUCAAUGUGCAAAGAAAGUUGUAUUGGGUAGCCUGUGGCUAGUGGAUUUUGCAAUCAGGCUAGUGUAUUCUGUUCUCUAUGAUCAUGGCCACUUUCCCUUAGUAACAGCUAGCCCUGGGUCUUGUUUCCUUUUUCCAGAGUUUCCUCCUUCCAUAAUUGACAAUGCCAAGCAUUUUUCUGGAGAUGAGUUAAAGAAGAAAUUAGAUGAGGCUGCCAUGAUAGUUAAGACCUGUCACUGGUAAGUCCUGUCCAAUCAUAACAGACAGUUUCUAGAAAAAUAUGUAUACCAGACUGAUGCUCGUAAUUAUAAUAUGCUAGACAUUUAUUGACUCAAUUUACUACAAUGAUAGUUUUCAGACUCUAAUCAUACAGAUGCAUUAGAUUGCUAAUGCAAACAGUCGCUUUUUGUCUUCUUUUCCAUGAAACGCCAGGAGAUAAAAAUAAUGUCCGUUAAUGAAAAUGAGGGUGCGGCAGGAUCAAGGAGUCAAUAUGAUAGGACCAUUGCCUUUUGCUUUAGCUAUUUUAAAACCAUUAUCUCCUAGAUAAUGUUACAGCGAGAUUAUAAAUUUUGUCAUUCUAACUUUUCAAUCUGUUUUCCAAAUUCUAUGGUGUUACCAUUCAAAUGAAACCUCUCUGGGAGAAAUGUUUCAUACAGCUAUUUAUUUCUUAGGAUUUUGCAAAACAGAAAUUUCUUUUUGUGAAUUUUUUCUUUGGCUGCUAUAAGAAGUGAAAGGGUUGGUGGUAGCUUCAUCCGAUUUUUUAUUUUCUUACUGUGCAGUCAAUGUACAGGGUUGAAAGGUGCAGUUCACUUUUAAGGAUUGUUAUUUUCCCUUCAUAGUGAAAUGCCUAACUAUGAUAGACUGAUUCCAUCUCUUCUGGAUCAUGGAUUGGAGUCGCUGCCAAAACACUGUCAUCUGACACCAGGUAAAAAAUGUGUCAAGAUUUAGGUAUAUAGCGUUUUUCACCUGACGUCACGGCGGCCAUAUUUGUGUUCCAAACCAAUGAAACGGCGGCCGUAUUGAUAUUCCAAACAAAUAAAAUGGCGGCCGUGUUGGUGUACCAAGAAUAUCCUGUGGAAGUUGAACUCUUUUCUUAUGUAAACGCUUUCCUUUGUGUUGUUCCUAUAAUAAAUUAGCAUAGAUGCUGACCUUGUGAGUGCGGUACACGCAGAGCCCAGAUAAUCUUCUUGUUACUUUAAGCUAUCUUGUCAUUUGCAAAUUGAAUUAUAUUAAUUUUAUUUCCCAAAGGUAUCCCGCUAAAACCCAUGUUAGCCCAUCCUUCCAAAGGGGUAGAAGAAGUGUUCAAACGAUUUGAAAAUGCAGCCUUUACCUGUGAGUUUAAGUACGAUGGAGAGCGCGCACAGGUGAGGUUAAACAUGCUAAGUUCAUGGUUUUGUUACUCUUAUUGGUAUUUGUUGCUUUUCACAAUUGUCGUUUAACCUGCGACAAUUUAUGUUGCAAGUUCUUUGGCCUUGAGACUAGAGAUUUCCAGUAACUUUCUGAGAAAGUAAACGAAUUGUGGGACAGCAGAUUUUUGCAUUGAUCUCAUCCAGUUUGAAAUUCGGAUUUUCUUGGGUGAUAUACUUCAGCAUUUCAAUGACAGUGAUCCUCGAAAUGAUCACUAUGCAUUUCAUCAUCAUCCGUUAUAAUCAUUAUCACCCUUCAUAGCCUCCAACUCCUCCUCCUCCUCCCCAUCAUCAUCAUCAUCAUCCCUCCUCCUCCUCCUCCUCAACAUCUUCGUUAUUGAAUUUACGUAUGACCAGCCAUGUAAAAUAGAGAUUACUGGUUGAAAGCCCUGUAAAAUAUGACCAAGAUAGGGGAGCAAAACGAACGAACAAAUUAUCUGUUAUUUCUUUUUUUAGAUUCAUGUACUAGAAAAUGGAGAUAUCCACAUUUACAGCAGAAACCAAGAAAACAACACGUCUAAGUAUCCCGAUAUCAUUGCGAGGAUGCCCAAGGUAAAUACGUGUAGUAUAUAAACGAACCCCUAUGAAGAAGCCAGACUCCUGGUGGUCAAAGUUGUCAGGAAACUAAAAGGGAAAUGGGUUCCAGCUUUUUUGGCGCAAGGAUUUCUGGGAUCGUUUGGGUGGACAAGCUUUAGCAAUGAUUGGUCGAUGGUAUUCAAGGCAACCAUUAACCAAUCAUAAGUAACGUUUGUCCACCCAAACAAUCCCCAAAAUCAUUGCGCUGAGAGCAUGUGGGGAAUACUGAAAACAGUGGCAAUGUCAGGCCAAGCGGUCUUCUUCUGUAAGGCACAAUCCUUUGUUAGACUUACUUCCCACAAUGCUUGUGCACGAGUCGAAGCACACCAAGAUGGCGAUUUACUAGAAGCUGGUACAGUUACUAGUUCUCAUCGGAGCUCAAGUCCUUUGAUACAUGUUGACAAAAGUUAGUAUGUUUAGGUAAACACAAGUCUUCAAACUGCCACAUACGAGAACAUUCAUAUGUGAAAACAGUUUACCUUAUGGGCUGCCCAAAUGUCAGAUUUGUAAGAUACAACGAGUCCAGAACACCUUUUUACGUUUAUUACAUGUAGAGAAUGUAAAGCGCGUUUGAUCAUUUAUGUGUUACGUUAACGUUUUGUUUGUUUUUACAUUCAGGUUUUAGGUGAUAGUGUCAAGUCCUGUAUUAUUGAUACUGAAGCUGUGGCAUGGGACAGAGAAAAGAAGCAAAUCUUACCUUUCCAGAUUCUCAGCACACGAAAACGAAAGGUAACGCUACCGUAUAUAUUGAUUAUUUACAUUUUUUUCUUGUCAGUAUAUCUCGUAGAGCUGGCUAACUUCUCUGUAAUAAGCCGGAGCAAGAGAUUGUAUUAUGAGCUCUUGGCUGGAGCUACAAUUGUAGCUUAAAGUCGAGUCCAAUGCGGAGACCCUCAAGAAAAGAAAUGUUUUCUUAGCAAACUUUGCAGUGAAAAGCUCUCAUUGGACUGAAAUGUCAUACGUCGCCACCCCCUCACGCGGGGCGGAGACGUGUGACAUUUCAGACUCUGCUCUCAUAAGCAACCACGACCACUUUUGGGAUUACCUAGCCUCCCACGCAGGCGUUUUUAGGGGAGCUCGUUUUUCAUUCCCCGCUCCUUUGUGGGGAGGGAUGAAAAACGAGCUCCCCUAAAAACGCCUGCGUGUGAGGCUAGGGAUUACCCAACUGGAAUUUUCCUCGGUUUUUAAGCUCUCGUAACCGACCACUCAGAGUCUUAUUCAUAAAAAUUAACACUUUCAUGAAACUGAACAAUGCGCUAUUGUUUCGUUGAUAAAGAUCUUGUACAGUGUAGUAUUCUAUUUGUAUAAGUAUUGUCCUUGUUCAAUUUGGAAUCUGGUGGAAGCUACUGCUAGGUUUUGGCGUUUUGGAGCGACAAAUGAAUGUAGCUCUCUCUUUUUUUCUAUGUUUCUUUAGGAUGCUGAUGCGUCAGAGAUUAAAGUUCAAGUUUGUGUCUACGCUUUCGAUUUGCUGUAUCUGAAUGGAAAGGUAGGAAAGAGGCCUUGGCACUUCGUGACUAACGUUCUCCCGUAGUUUAACUUCUUUGAUAAUACAACUUAAAAGCCGAAAGGAUAUUUUAAUGCAAGAGAGCAUUCUCAUUCUCUCUUCAUUUCUCUCAAUCGCUCUUGAUGAAUUGUAAAUGUAAAGCAAUGUUCCUUUGUUUUGUUUUGUUUUCAUGAAAUUACCAAAAUUCUCUAUGACUGUAGCUGACCAAAAUAAAAAUCGACUGCAACUGGCAAAAGUUAAUCGAAGUUUUCCAACUGCUAAGUUUUGUGUGCUAAAAUGUCGGUUGAAUAUGGCUGUGAUUUAUUCUGCUGGCUUGAAAAACUAUAAAUCACUCCGCCUUUGGUGUUCCGUCUUCUGGGAUCUGCAAUAGCCUGGGUAUCAGGCCUUCCUAAGGGACUAAGGGAGAGGAGAUUUUACUCAGCUAGAUCUGCUAGAUGUGAGCGAACAUACCAAGACUGUGCUAUACACUGGAAAACUAAGCUUGUGUUCGAAUACAGCGGAAGCUCUCCUAACAGACACUCUCGGAAGCUGACGUCUUACUUACGGCCGCCUUCACAAAACCCCGUUUUUCUCAACUCCCAUACAAACUCUAUGUUUUUACAUUCCUGUAAGCGGCCAGUUCCAGUUACGGACACCUUUUUUGCGUCCCGAGGGUGUCUGCUUACGAGAGCUUUCAUUGUAGACGUCUUAUGACACUCAACUUCACUUUGUCUUUUUCAGUCGUAUAUUAAAGAACCAUUUCGUGUUCGCAGAGAGGCAUUACGAUCCUCAUUCACAGAAGUUGAAGGGGUAGGUAAUAUACAUAAUAAUUAUUUCUCGUUGCCUUGUCGUGUUUUGAUGGCGUAAUUGAUGAUUUAUAUUAUGUGGUUAAAUGAAAAUUAAGCUAAGCUAAACGCGAAACAAUUCUGAUCAUCGGCCUCCCCCGUCACGGGCAUGCAGAGUGCUAGUGCUUGUGGAUCCACCAUCUUUCCAGGCGCCUUCCCCAAGCUCGUCUAUUGCUGAUGAGUUGAAAAGUUUGUUACAAAUGAUCUUGUCUUUUACAUCCUCUUCCCGUUCUUCCCUAUAACAGGAAUUCAUGUUUGCACAGAGUUCCGAUUCAGUAAACACUGAUGAUAUUGGCGAAUUUUUAGAUGAUUCCAUCAAGGGUAAGAACAUUCUUGUAGGCUACACUAUAGCUCUCAGUUUUGGUGUGUUUUUUGGGCAUAUCAUUAAUUCGCACAUCCUACUUUAAUUAAUUUGUUGCUAAAGUAGGAUGUAUGUGUGGCAGCAGAAUGAAGGACUUAUGCAUAUCGUUUAAAGCCUGUUUGCUUGCUCUAUGCAGUUUUGACGAAUGUUUUAACAACGUUCUGUUGACUUUGCUACCUUCAUAUCAUACUGUCAUAUCAUUCAAAGGCUACUUUCAUGCAAGGGGACAUUGAAAACUGACAUGGUCCUUGACAAGUUCUUAUGUGUAUGCCCUUUUUUUCUAAAUGAGUUUAUAUUGUCAGGUAAUUGUGAAGGCCUAAUGGUUAAAACCCUUGAGGUGGACGCCACAUAUGAAAUUGCCAAACGCUCUCACAACUGGUUGAAGGUAAAAAGCUUUGAAUCUCGCUUAGCCAGUGAAUUAAUUUGUGUGUAUUACACCGGGCAAAGUUAGUUUAAGGGUUUGAAUCAAAGCCUGUUUUAGACUGCGAGCAUUGGAGACCUUAGGCCUAGGCCAAACGUCGAACAUUUCUUGAGACGAACCAAACUUAGUGAGUUAACUUCAUGAAAAGUUCGACGUCUGGCUCAGUUAACUUCGUCUGAAUGAGUUGGGAUCGUCCAACACGUUCUAUCAUUCUGCUUCAGACGGAUAGAACGUCUGAAGAUAAUCUCUGGGACAAACGUCGAUUUUCACAUGCGACGGACCAAACUAAUAAAUUAAAAAUUUGUAUGAUAAUGUAUAUUAAGCCUCAGUUUAUUACUGAUCUGAUUCAGUUGAUCAUGUUAAUCGGUUCAACACGUCCUAAGUUCGUUUGGGUCCACCUCGAUUUGAGUGACUAUGUUGAGGUUCCCAAAGCAGCACUUUUGAAGCAGUCUCUUCAUUGUGACAAGCACAGUGGCCAGCUAUUCUUAAUCUUCCCGCAUUUUUCACUGACUCUUCACUUGGGAGGCUCCCGUAUUGUUCCUGGUUGUUUAUAGGUUAUUGCCAGUGCACAAUUAGGGCCGUUCGCAGCAUUCUGGUGUAGCAUCCAUUGACACUUUCCUCCAGCUUCUUGGUCAGGGUCCACGUUUCACUUCCAUAGAGUGCGACAGACUCCACAGUUGCUCGAAACCGUCUGAUCUUUGUUUCUCACAGCAGUCUUGAGGUCCUCACUUUUCUCGUUUAAUUUGUUGCAAGCUAUCCAAGCUGAGGCCUUUCUGACCUUGGACCUUAGAGACCUUGGACGCAGGCUAAACCUAAACGUCUUUCUCUACGUCACGCAAAUUUUUUGUCGAGCGUUGCAACAGAAAACUUUGCUUCAUGUAGAUAGGUUAAAGGCAAACAUCUGUACGCAUGGAAGCCUUAACUUAAGAUGCAAUAAGCGCAAAGGUCUUCCUUAUCGAUAUUUAGAAUUGGUUCCCACACAUUUAAUUCCUUUUUAGUUCCCACAGUAGCAUGACACACAAUCAAGAAAAGCUUUAGCCGUCUGCAGUUUCUUCCAUUUUAUAAUUCCAUGUCUUUUUCCAACCACUACAGUUGAAAAAAGAUUAUUUGACUGGUGUAGGAGAUACACUGGAUGUAGUGGUGAUUGGCGGUUACUUGGGAAAAGGCAAGCGCACUGGUUCAUAUGGCGGAUAUCUGCUGGCCUGCUAUGAUCCGGAAAAUGAAGAGUUUCAGACCAUCUGCAAGGUAACUUAGAAUAUUUUUUUCUUUAACAAAAGGUUUGCUUUCCUUGUUUAUGUUCACGGCCAUUGUUCAGGGACACCCAACGGUCAAAUGUUUCCAUUAAAUACGUCAUAAGUGUCUAAAAUGGCUUUCGCUAUGAUUUAGAAACCUGUUUAGUUAAUUUGUAGUUGCCCUCAAAGCUAUUGACCUGUUCAGAAGUCCUAGGGGAACUUUGGUCGUCCCGAAAAUUUUAGGUGACGUUUUCAUCUCGUCCGAAACUGUUAGCAUGGCUCCGGUUGAAAGUUCGAGGACAUGGAGUUAGUCGUACUUUCAUUAGAAGAUUCUCCUGAAAAUCCCCCGAAAAUCGUCGGUAAGUUAGUAGAAAAACUCCAAUACCUUAGACGGAACUGUUGUUCACAAAUUUUAAGCCUUUUUGAACUCUAGAAAUUUGUAGACAAUAUUUUCUUCUUCGAACAGUUAUUUUACAAAAGUCUUUGGGUGCCCCUGAUUAUUGUCAAGCGGCAAAUACAGAUUGUUUGUUUGUCUUUCUGACUGCUGUGAUAUUUGCCAUUUGAGGAAUUUUCCCGCGCUAACUCUGUUGCAAGUCUCCCGGACAGUCUCCCGCGCUUUGCAGUACACUGGUUUUGUGUUUUCCCGCCUUUUACACCCUUUCCUUUUUCCCGCUUUUUCGGCAACUUUUUUUAUUGCUCAACAAACGGCGAGUUUCUUGGAAUUUGUUAAACGGAACAGAACUCUUCUCUCUUGACUCUCUUCACACUGAGCAAAGGUCAAUUGAAUGGCCCACCAUUUCACUUUUCAACAUGGCAGUUUCAGAACAUGAAGCAUUGUUCAACAUUUUUUGAACAAAAGCAGCAACAUUUUGUUAUCAGCAAAUUUAUUUCACAAAUCAUACUCUUCCAUAAUUAUUCAGACACAUAUCACUUUAGUCUGGUAGACUGUUCACAUUCCCCUCUUGUUUCGUAAGAUCGUCAGGAUCGAACGCUUACCGGUACGGGCGGCCAUCUUGGUUUCUUCUGUAGCGUGGGGGCGGGCGUCGGGGUUCAAACGCAGAGUCAAGCAAUCUAUCGCGACGAUUUUACGGAAAAAUAGGAGACUGUGAACAGUCUACUAAUUUGGUUUUUAACUCUGGCAAUCAUUAACCUUUAAUUAAGUUUUAACUUCCCUCUCUUCCUCAGAUUGGAACUGGUUUUACAGACGAGCUACUUGACAAGCAUUACCAGUUUUUCAAAGAUCACGUGAUAUCACAACCGAAGGCAUACUAUCGCUAUGAUGACAGCCUUGAGCCUGAUCACUGGUUCGACGCAGUACAGGUGACCUAUCCGGCUAACCUACCCUUUUGCUCGAUUUCACACCCUUUCCAGAAAUUGGUUUCGUCAGGAGCCCAUAACCCUGGGCUCCUGGUUUCCUUAUGUAGGCCCACAAGAUAAUCAAAUGAUAUUUUCAAUGGAAGUGUUCUUCCUAGUACGUCGAAGCUGUAAUGACGGGUGUUCCGUCAAAGCGAGGUGUCCACAACCUAGAAAAAGGUGACUGCGAGCCUGACCCCAUUAUCCCAGAUCGUCCAUCAGCAACUAAUAAAUGUCACAGUGCGUAGUAUGUCUUUUCAUGCCCUCUAGAUCUCAGCCUAUUUUUUCAGAGGUUCUUUUCCUGCAAAAUUUUUGCUUCAGACUGUGUACUUGCUGUACGUCGGACAUCUGAGUUAUCUGUCUCACCAUGACACCUUACAAGCAUGACCGAAGAGUUGAACACGGGACUAAAAAGAAAAAAAAACAGUGGUCAGGAUGGGACUUGAACUCAAUAUUGUCAAAUGUUUAGUAGACUGUUCACAGUCCCUUAUACUUCCGUAAGAUCGUGGAGAUCGAGCGCUUUGCGUUAUGGGUGGCCAUCAUGGUCUCAAAUGUUCCGAGUCUAGCCUGGGGAUGAUUGUCAAAUGUACUUAGGGGGCGGGGGGCGGAAGACGGUUUGGGAGGACGCGAGAUUUUUCUCGCCUCUCUCCCCCCACCGCCAUAAACCGCGACCCCCGCCCGCUCGGUACCGGUAAUCACACGAUCCUGGCGAUCUGUCGCACUAAUGGAGGACUGUAAACAGUCUAAAUGUUUAGCCCUUAAAAGUGCUGUUUAUAUUUUAUUUAGGUUUGGGAAAUCAGAGCAGCGGAUCUCUCGAUUUCUCCUGUUCAUAAAGCGGCGGUCGGCAUGGUUAGUGUCCCCGUACAAUAUAUUUUUUUGACUGUUUGACUUCGAAACCUUUACGAACCUGUUGUGUAAAGAAAUUGCAUCCCCGCUUACUUGCGCUCAGCUCUUGUUGUCAUGUUUUUGUAUUUGCUAGGUUGAUCCUGUAAAAGGCAUAUCGCUUCGAUUCCCUCGCUUCCUGAGAAUCAGGGAUGACAAGAAACCAGAGCAAGCUACUGAUAGCUCGCAGGUCAGUAGUGCUUCUUUAAUUGUUCACGCUGCAUACUGUUUCUAUUUUGGAUUGUUGUUCAGUUACGCACGUCUCACUUUGUUGUGGAAACAAUGAAAGCUUGUACUGCAAACCUGUCCUAACGGACUCAUCUCUAUUACGGACAGUACUUUUAGUGCUAAGAUACAAAACUUCAUAACACCCCUCUGUAGCAGACCCAGUGGAAUCCAUAUCUUCACUGGGUUCUCGGAGAAAACGUCACUGGGUUGCUUUAUUUUCCCCUUGCCUGGGUUUUUCGUCGUAGUUGUGCAUCUCCCAUCCAAGGGAGCCAGGGGCAGUCCUUACCUCUUUACCGACAUGAUUGAUGAAAGGUUUAAAAAACCUUUUACAUAUUGCGCUAGCGAGAAGAAUUAGACGAUUUACAGUUUCUUAUGCGAGAUUGAUUAUCUAUACCCUCUGUACUUUGUUUUUAUCAAUGGUAAUAAUGUUUUAUAAUUUUGCUUCUUUUAAACAAAUUUGAACAACGAAAUACACUAAUCUUGUACAAGUCAUAACAGAUUGUGACCGGGAAGCCAAAAAAUCAGCCGGAUAGAAACAAACUAUUCGCCGGGUAUUGAGGAGGCUAAAUUAUCACUGGAUAUAUAAGGUUGGGUGGGGGGGGGGGGGGGGGUGGGUUUGACUCUGUGAGAAUAAAAGCGCUACGGGACAGUUUUGGGAGACAAAUUUUGACCCAGCCUCCUGUGCAACUUAGCGAAUAGUUAACAACCUUAAGCUUUCCCGUUUCAAUUUAGUAGGAAAUGGUAAAUUACCGUAUGCUACUCUAGGGAUUUAAAAAGAUAAAGAGUGAUGGACUGUGUAUACAUUGCCUGGUGUUUGUGAUCAUCGCAAAAGUGAUAUUUAAAUGUACAUCUCCAUCUUUUUUUUUACAGGUGGCCGAAAUGUACCGAAGUCAAGAAACUGUGAAGAAUAACACAAAAUCAGCCGCCACUGCUGACGAAUCCGACGACUUCUACUGAAACAAAAACGCUGCCUGUACAGUUAAGACUGAAGAAUUGUACAGUCCCAAUCAUAUUCUGCGAUAAAAGUGGCAUGGGAGUACAUAAAGUGAUACAUUGGGUGUGGAUAGUCCGCUGACCAAGGAGCGGCUGACCUUAUUAACUCAGCCGACAAAACUUACCGUCUUUCAGUCGAAAACGACGUCAAAAUCUAACCCAGGGGCACCCAACGAGGAUAUAGUUCAAAACCACUUAACAUAGCAUUGUUGAACGUAUUUUAGUAUUCAAACGGUAGAUAUAGGCAUAUUUUUAUCCCCUAAAAACUUUUCAUCUGUUCGGAUUUCCUAGCUGAAAGUCUAGUGAUCCGAAAAUUAUAGGGAUAAAAACUUACCUUCUCGAAAAUUUCAGCCAGGAAAAGGCUCCC